AUGGCGAGGAUUGUUAUUUUGUGUUUUGGCUCAUGCAAUGCAACAAUUACACCCCGAACUGCGGGCUCACGGAGGACCAGUACUUUUCUAGAGUUUGUCUUCUGGAGUACAAACGUAAGAUUUCACCGUGGCCCUGAAUCCAAUUUGGAGCACAAGGAGUUGGACAUGGUCUUUCUCUCCCUCCACAAGUUGCGUAAAUGUAAGACCGUCAUCUUAAGGGAGGUGGCCGUACGUACAAACAAAGACGGAAAAAUCUUCUGUCAGUUGCCCGUUUUUAGAGGAUACAAUGGAUAUUUCUUUUGGAUACCAAAAUGA